AUGAACGGCACCACAAUGCGCUUCAGCAACGAAGAGAAGGAUGUCUCGCCUGCAGGCUCAUAUCCAGAAGCGUCGGGAUAUGGCGACUACCCAACCACGGGCGAGUACGACGACGACCUCCAUGUCGAGUGCCCACCACACACCACGGAGCGCAAGCUCGUGUCGCGCAUCGACCUCCAUGUCAUUCCAUGUCUGUGCAUAAUGUACUUGCUCGCCUUUCUGGACCGAGUGAAUAUUGCCAACGCCAACGUCUAUGGCCUCGCGAAGCAACUCCACCUCACCGGCGACCAGUACAACAUCGCCCUGGUCAUCUUCUUUGUGCCAUACAUUCUGUUCGAAAUUCCCAGCAACCUCAUACUCAAACGGCUCCGACCGCAUGUAUGGCUCUCAAUCAACAUGUUCUUGUUCGGUUUCGCCAUGAUCAUGCAAGGCAUUGUCAAGUCCUUUGGAGGCCUACUGGCUACUCGAUUCUUCCUCGGGCUGUUCGAAGCUUCAAUGUUCCCUGGUUGCUUUUAUAUCAUUGGCAUGUGGUACCGUCGUCACGAAGCGCAGAAGCGAUACACCUUUUUCUUCAGCAGUACCACUCUUGCUGGCGCUUUCGGUGGUCUCUUGGCGGCCGCCAUUGGCAAGAUGGAUGGCGUAGGCAAUUAUACUGGCUGGCGCUGGAUCUUCAUCCUAGAAGGCCUCCUUACCGCAGUGGUAGCGAUCUUGUUCUUCUUCCUACUUCCCGACUUUCCCGAGGAGUCGAAAUGGCUGUCCCCUGAGGAGAAAGCAUACGUCGCUGCCCGUCUCCGUGCCGACCAAGGCCGUUCGGCUCGCGAACGCCAAAUCACUGCCAAGGACGUGGGUAGGGUGUUCACAGACUGGAAGGUCAUCGCUGGCGGCUUUAUGUACUUCGGCCUGAUCGUACCAGCUUAUGGCUACGCUUACUUCUCUCCUGCCAUCAUCAAAAGCUACGGAUACGGCCCGAUCCAGACUCAACUUCACAGCGUACCUCCAUGGGCUGCAGCCUUCGGUUUCGCUAUGAUCAUCGCGACUCUAUCGGAUUGGACGAAGAAACGAGCUCCAUUUGCUAUCGGAUGCAUUUGCGUAGCUAUAGCAGGCUUCAGUAUUCUCAUUUCUGUCCACAACAACAAGAAGCUAGAGUAUGCUGCACUGUUUCUGGUGGCUAUGGGCGCAUAUAGUGCUAUGCCCGUCAUCGUUUGCUGGUUCAACAUGAAUCUUGGUGGUCAUCAUAGAAGGUCCGUGGGUGCGGCUUGGCAGGUUGGGUUUGGCAACAUAGGCGGUAUCAUUGCCACUUGGGCUUUCCUGGCCAAGGAUGCACCUAAGUAUAUCACAGGAUACUCGAUCUGCCUGUCAUUCACAGUUUUGAGCAUUCUUGCUUGCAUUUGUUAUGGGACUGGAUGUUACCUGCAGAACAGAAAGCGAAGCAAAACAACGCACGAUCUGAGCCUGACAGAGUACGAGAAGACAGAGCUUGGUGAUAUGAGUCCAGAAUAUCGAUAUAUGCUGUGA